AAAAAGAAGGAAAAGUUCUGCAAUUUUUUUUUUAGAAAGCGAAGACGGUCGUCUGCAUUUAAGUAGCACAUUUAGAGGUUUUAUUGUAAAUUCUAAGAUUAAUACACAUCCAGCAAAUAUCUUUUCAUUAAGAUGGACAACUCCAUUUCGUGUUUUCUGUGCAUCUAUUGGUGGUUGGUUUAUGGUCCUUCACUGUGUCAAACAAUGACUAAAUGUAAAGUUAACCCCAGAAUCAAUUAGUUAUUCAUCAUACGUUAUGAAACUCAGUGAACUGGAUAAAGGAAUCCAGAGUGAGUCAUUCUGGUGCAGUGAUGGGGCUUUUCGGAACUCGUGGAUGGACUUGUAUCCCUACCUUUUGGUUGAUUUUGGCAAAACUAAAACAUUUAUUGUUGGACUGGCAAUAAAAGGACCACCAAUCACCCACAAGAUGUAUGGAUUCCCAUCUUUUCAAGUUUAUAACUAUGUUGGUCAUAAUGUAUAUGAUGCUAUCAGAGAAACCCAUGCAGAUAAUACAAAAAUUAGGACAUUUACUGGCUUAACAGCUGCAGACAUUGAGAAAGGUCAAGUCAAAGAGUAUGAGUUUCCAUAUCGAGUUGAAGUUAAUAAAUUGAAGAUUUACUUUAAACUAAGACUUGGCCAAAAACGGGUGUGCUUGAGAAUACAGUUCUAUAAAACAUGUGUAGGUGAACUACAUGAUGAUACAGAUAAAUGUAUGAAUAACAAAGCAGGUUGUGAAUACAAGUGUAAGCAGAAAAAUACAACAUUCCAGUGCAUGUGUGGUGCAGGCCAGAAAUUAUGGCGUAAUGGAUUCGGUUGUAUACCUACAGGUCAGCCUGUCAUGUUCCAUCUCAAUAAUGAUAACAAAAAGGUUUAUGAGAUAGCACUAAAGACGUGUUUACUUAGGAAUGCAGAGUUAGGUGUUAUUUUAACACUAGAGGAACUUGAGGAGCUUAUAAGAAUUGCAAGCAAGCGCAAGUCAGUAGAUCAUUUUAUAGGUGUUGUGGAUGUGGACCAUGAUCAAAGCUUCAGUCGAUGGGUCGAUGGGUCAGAUGUCAUAAUUGACAACUUUAAUGAAAAACAUGGUUAUCCAGGUUCCAUUGGCAUGUUAACUAAAAGUGGGUGGACAGUCAAAAAAUAUCUUGGUCCAUCACAUUAUGUUUGUCGUGAACGAGACUACGAUAGCUUCCUAUUAACUGGCUUCCAUGGUGUACAGGAUUACCAACUUUCGUCAUCGCCGUAUCUCAUGAGAAUGUCAAUGGCAUCAACUAUUGCAUUUGGUACAGCAAGGAGUCGACGUGGUUCAAAGGCUUAUUUAACAAGUGAUUCGGGGGAGGCUUAUGGAUUGUUCUGGAGACCAAACUCUCCUACCAUGCCAAAUAAGUAUUUGAAGCUGACAACAAAGUUAAUAAAUGUGGUUACUGGUGUCAUUGUAAUUGGCUACAAGUGUACAAAUCCAAAAUUAAAAUUCAAAGUCACCAAUGAUACCAGCAGUUACAAGACACGGAAAUACAGGUUCACUGUACGAGCACACAGUGGAAAUCUUCAGAAAAUUAACCCAACCUUUUCAGGCAAAACUAUUACAGUGGAGUUUGAUGAUACUGCUGAUUGUGAAGGCUAUCAAUGGGACAUAACUGGAAUAUUUCAAGACACAUUUUCAAAGCAGUGUCCAUCAAAUAUAUGUGACCAGCAAUGCAUUAAAACUCCUGAAAGUUACUUCUGUAUGUGUCAAGCAAAAUACCACUUGUUUAUUGAUGGAAAGACUUGUUUGAAAGAUGAUGAACAUAACUUGAAGAGUGCUGUGGCUUUGGCUCUUAACUACUCUGUAUUCCAAAAUGUGAUCCAGAGUCUUUCACACAUUCCUGUAUAUUAUGAAUUUUUUCCUGAAAAAAUGGAUUUCACUGAGGCAGCCGCUACCUGCAGAGAAUAUGGUGGAUAUCUGCCAUCCAUUCAUACAAUUUUUGAGCAUAGGCUGAUGUAUUCACAUCUUUCUAGCCAUGCUACCUGCAAUAAAUGGUUGCUAGGUCUUAAAGGAAAGUCUCUGAUGCACAGUGCCUGGCUGGAUGGCAGCUGGGUUGACUUUGCACUGUUUGAGGGAACAGUACCCGAACAUACAAACGAGGAGCAAGUGGUUUUCAUGGACAAGGAUCUAUUUUACAUGUGGAAUUAUGGUCCAGUUUCGACAACACAAGGCUGCGUCGUAUGCCAGUAUAGACAAAAUGACUGUGAUCUACCUAUUCUCUCAGGACCAUGGGAUAUUAACAGAUAUGACUGGCUAAGAAAUGGAGGAAGUGUAAUGGAAACAAACAAGAAGAAUAAUCUUAUACUUGACCUCACUAGUGGUUUGAAUUUUUUUGAGAGUAACGAACCUCAGGGAUAUAUACAGGUUGACUUGAGGCAGACAUUCUACCUGCAUCUGUUGAAGUGCAGUUCAAAGACAGGAGCCAAAAUAACAGUUAUCGAUUUUACUACACAAAUCAUAGAUGUGGACUACAAAUUCAUGAUACGGUGUUCAGAGGGUGUGCAUGAUAAAUUCAAUUCUAUUACGAAUGAACAGCAAAUUGAAUCGACAUUUACUUGUGGAUCUAGUGCCUAUGAUAUCAAAUCAACUGUUAUUUCACCUCCAGUUAAAGCCAGAAAUGUAAUGAUAAAGUGGUUUUAUGAAGCAACAGAAAUUGAUUUUACACUUAAAAUGGAACUGUUUGGCUGUCCUUCCUUCACAAAUACCGUUGAAGGACAAACCCCACAGUGUGGUUCAAAAAUACCUUGUCUGUACAAACUAAAAAAACACAAAUCUUACGAAUGUUUCCAUGUCAGGUGUCCUCUGCGUUUUACAACAUGUGGUCCUUAUACCCACUAUUACAAGAAAUUUGAUCGGAGAAAAAGAUCUUGUGAAUCAUUUGACCUCUGUGUUAAGAGCCCCUGUGGCUUUGGCACAGUAUGUCUGGACUAUGGAAAUCAUAGAGAGUGUCAUUGUCCAGAAUCUCAUAGGAAAUGUGACUUUCAAUCUGGUUUGUACAUUUUGCUGGAACCAAGAGAGGUUAACCUGCAUUUAAAUAUUCGGUUCUAUUUUGUGGUGUACUCGGAAGUCUCAAACUACACGUACACUUCUGAAAUACGUAACAUGUCAUGUGCCGUUUCCUUCAACAAGGUGUAUGAUUCCCUGACAAACACCAGCUUAUUAUGUAGCACAUUCUUGUAUCGAACUACAAGAGAAGGAACCUUUCAAGCCAGGUUAAAGGAAAGUGGAAGAGGUCAUUUGUCUUACAGUAGCACUGUGAAUUAUACAGUUACUUUUCCUACUGGUAAUCCAGUGAUAAAUCACUGCUUGGACGAAAUGAACAUCAAAGGGGCUUCCCAGAACAGCUUUGACAAGUUUUCAUACGGCAUAAUGGAUGAUAUUCAUUUCAAACUGAUGAUUAAUGAUAAAGAGUGCAAUGCCUUCGUAGUAACAAAAUGGACAUGGAAAUUAAGUGUCUUCAUAACAGACACUUACAAAUUUUGCAUUAAUGAAGACAGAUUUGUCGAGAAAUAUUCUGUGCCCACUGAUAAAGGAGUUUUAGAGGUAAAAGGAAACACUCUUUCAGAUGGAUACUUCAGAAUCUGCCUGCAUGUUGGGGUUGUCAUUAAGAAUGAAAGCUACAGUGACAUGCCUGUCACUUGUGGAUAUUUCAGAAUAACACCAUUUCCAGUGGACCUUAUCAUUAAGCCUGAAGGACAAAGACAGGUUGUUCGAGUUUUUCAGCCAUUACUUCUUGAUGCUUCAGAAAGCAAGGAUCCAAACACUGGUGAUACUUCUGGUUUCAGUUAUGAAUGGUUCUGUGUGCCAGUAUUGUCAACCAGAAACUAUUGUGAAUUUGGGCAGUAUAUCCAAGUAAUUAAUGAUAUGUUGCCAAUAAAAGGAUCUAUCCUGAAAAUACCAAAGAACACAAUAGCUCCGGAGCAGAAAUACAAUUUUACUGUCAGGGUGAGCAAACCGCGCCUGCUUAGUGUGACAGCAUCAGUGAUAGUCUUCAUCACUAAUGUAACCAAGCCAGAUGCCAAAAUAAGAUGUGUGUCGAAUUGUAAUGAUGAGAAAAUCCUUCCAUCCAAACUUAUGGCACUGGAAACAGAUUGUGACAUGUGUGAGGAAUAUGCAAUAAAAAUAUCAGCAUACAAGUGGCAUUUAAAUGUAUGGUCAGUGUCGGAUGACAAACCAAAAGAGACACUACAUAUACCUACUGGAAAUAAGAAAAAAACAAUGGUGUUGUUACCAGGGACACUCAUUGCAACAUCCAUGUACACAUUUGAAGUUAAAGUUUAUUAUAACAACAAUACAGCAUGGAUAAAAAUAAUGUAUUCGUUUACCACCAAUGAUUCCCCUGAAAAUGGGUCGUGUUCCAUAACUCCCACAUCGGGCCAGGCUCUCAUUACAAACUUCAUUGUGUCCUGUCCUGGUUACAAGGAUAUUGAUGCACCGUUGACAUACAGAAUCUUCCAAGACAAGAAGGGCAAAUCAGAUACUCUGCUGUGUUACGGAAACAAAGACACCAUUAGUUUUGUACUUCCUGGGGGGCCACCGGAUUCCAGCUUGUGGCUUAUAUUAACUGUUUACAUUGUAGACUCAUUGGAUACCAGCUCAAUAUUCAGUUUAUCUGUACAGGUUAAUAAUACACAGAUUGCUGGAAUAAACUAUAUUAAGUGGUUGAGGGAUGCUGCCAUAAAGACCAUCAAUGAGAAACCAUCACGUAACGAUUUGGUUCCAAAAUUACUGUCUAUUAUAAAGAUGCUUGGGUCAGUAAAAACAACAGAAAUAAUUACAACUGUUGAAAACGAGCUGAAAAUAAAAAUUCGUGAGCAGUGCAUGAAAGCUCUUGAGACUGUUCACAUUGAAGAUAAAGAAAAGCUUUUUCAGACGAGUUACCUUGUAGAAAUCCUCAUCUCACAGGAAGAUGACAUAUCCCCUAACAUGAAGGCACAUGCCUUGAAUGUUUGCGCCCAACUAUCUGAUGAUUUAAAGAAGAUAUCGAAAAAUCAUCCUAAUGCUGCCAGAAACAUUGCCAAGAAACAAUUAAAUGCAGUGAUUACCCUGAUGGAAAAACUAGUGACAGAUGAAAGAAACUUGACACAGAUAAACACAGAAAUAAAGCUCUUGGUGGAUGUGACUAGUUAUAUUAGUGAUACAAUACUGCGAACUGUUCAUCCGAUGGAAGGACCAGUGAACAUCCACACGCAACAGAUGUCUUUGACAGUUCAAGUGACCAAGCCGACUGUUGAUGAAUUUAAUAUUGCUGCUUCUUCAGAAGACCUUGAUAACCCGAGUGGCUCUGUUUCUUUUCCAAAUGACAUGAAGAACACAACAGACAAACCUUUUGACUUGGAGAUACUGAUUUUGAAGAUAAAUCCAUUUCGGUGGUCACAAACGUCAGAAAAAGUCAAUUUACCAGUCAUGGUGUUUUCAAUGCGAAAUGAUGGCAAAACCAUUAAUCCAUCAAAUCUUUCUUUGCCUGCAAAUAUCUUCAUAUCAGUAAACUUAUCAAAUGUGAUGGAAGAAGAAAAAAUAAACAGCAUAAAUAUCUCAGUGGACUCUAUCAGUCAUAAAGUGAAAAAGUCAAGUAUUCUACAUAUAGUUAUUCCAGCAAUUAAAGGGAAAACACAAAUUUUGAAAAUGAUUACAAUAAAUUCAUCACUGACACUACAGGCGGUUCUGGGAGCUAGCGAAUCUGACGUAAGUUUGAAGAAUCUUGAUUUGCAUGGGUUUGACUGGCCAAUUGAAGAAGGAGCUCUCUUGAAAUACAAGAACCAUAACACAGAUCCACUGCUAUUAUACUUACCUGAAGAUAUUCUUGGAACGAACCAAACAGAUUUCUAUGUUGUUAUCAGAGUUAAGUUGGGCCAAAUUCUUCGUGAUGAAUUUGACAAAUCACUCAAAUUAUUGGAGAUUAAUAUUGGCAUACAAACAUUUACUGUUGAAUGUUCUUACUGGAAUGAUGAAUAUGAAGAUUGGCGACAGGAUGGUUGUAUGGUCAGUCCGUUCACAAGUCUAACCACUCUACACUGCUGGUGUAGUCAUCUGUCUGUGUUUUCUGGUGGUGUUUUCAUUACACCCAACACUAUCAAUUCCUUUGGGGAUGCAAGACUGUUCCUGACUUUCUUUGACAACCCUGUGGUUGUCACCCUUGUUGUUGCCGUUUGGAUUAUUUACAUCCUGUUGCUGAUUUGGGCACGCAGAGCAGAUCAGAAAGAUCUAAAAAAGACUGGUAUCACAAUACUUGCUAAUAUCAGUCGUACAGACAACUAUGUGUACAUGAUCUGUGUGGUAACCGGUUGGUGGGCGCAAGCUGGCACCAGCUCCAGAGUGUUCAUUUAUCUCUGUGGGAAGGAUGGAAGAAGUGCACGUUAUGCCUUGUUUGACAGCAGUAAGAAACUCUUCAUAUCUGGUGCGGAGAACUGGUUUCUGAUCAAGACCAGCCACAGUCUGGGCAAGAUUAAAUCUGUGGUUGUAUGGCAUGACAGCAGUGGAGAACAGCCAUCUUGGUACCUAAAAGAAAUUGUUGUCAAAGAUGUCCAGACUGAUGAGGUUUGGCACUGUCUCUAUAACGAGUGGCUCAGCGUAGAUAAAGGACUGGCAACACUUCAAGCAGACAUCCCUGCUGUGGAAGAUGCGAUCUUUGUCAAGAAGCGUUUCUACCAGUUCAUGCAGACAUCCAGUCGUAACUUCCGUGAUGGUCACAUUUGGGUGAGCAUCUUCUCAAAACGUCCAAGCAGUAACUUCACACGUAUCCAGCGACUGACGUGUGCUCUCUGUAUUCUUCUGUCGACGAUGCUCACUAACAUCAUGUUCCACGGAAUUCCACGAGGUGAUGCUGAGGACCAGAUCGAUUAUGGAGACUUUCACCUGUCCCUGGUGGACUUUGUUAUCGGAAUCGAGAGUGCUCUCAUAGUGUUUCCUGUCAAUAUGAUUGUCAUCUUGUUGUUCAGAUUGACCAAACCAAAACCAGACACUGUACUGAUGUCAGAGGAACCUGUGGACGAUAAGAUGAAACUUGAUGAGAAAAAGAAAAGUAUAUUUUCUAAGUUAAGAUUGCCGUGGUAUUUCCUUUAUGUUGCCUAUUUCGUAGCAUUCACAACCGCACUUAUCUGCUCCUACUUUGUGAUGCUGUAUGGACUCAAGUAUGGCUACAACAAAAGUGUAGCAUGGCUCGUUUCUUUCUUCACAUCAUUUUUCCAGAGUGCAUUCAUUACAGAACCAGUGAAGGUUUUUGCUGUGGCUUUUCUGCUUACUCUGAUAUUUCGACACAGCGUACAGUAUGACAGUGGAAAGCAGCAGGAAAUAGGUGAACCUGAGGAGGUGAAGCAGGAUGAUUAUGGAAUACUCGCUUCACACUACAUAAUACCUGUGUCAGAACGCCUCCUUAAAAACAUUCGCACUCGAAUCGUCAUAGACCAGCGUACUUGGGAGAUCCUCAUGGAAAUUGGGAUGUAUUUCUCAUUUGUUGCUAUUGUCUUUCUGGUGGUUUUGGGCCACAGCGAUGUGGAAGAGUCAUACAAUGUUACCAGUGGCAUUGAGAAUAUCUACAUCCGUACAUUGGAAUAUGAGAAAACUAGAUAUUUUUAUACCGUAACCAACUCGCAUACGAUGUGGGAAUAUAUUAAUUAUAGGCUUUUGCAAAAUGUGAUGUUUGAGUCUUCAAAUACAGAAUCAUAUCUUGUGGGAAGGGUAAGGUUGCGACAAAUAAGAGUACACAAAGGACUUUGUGGCCACAUGGAUUGGAUGCCAAAACUGAUGUCAUCAGAGGAGUGUUUUCCACCCUAUAGUUUUGGUGCUGAAGAAACUCGGAGUUUCACUAAAAACUGGGAAAAUGAAACGACUGACGAAGAAAUAACAAGGUGGACAUACCAGUCUGCUAUUAAACUAGGCACCCUUCCAAUUAUGGGAAGACUUGACAUCUAUCCUGGUGGGGGCUAUAUUCUUCAGUUACCAAGAAAUCCCAUUAAGGCACAAAAUCUUCUAGAAUAUGUUAAACAGACAAAAUGGAUUGAUGAACAGACGCGGGUGGUGUUUGUGGAAUUCACUCUCUUCAACCCAAAUGUCCAACUGUUUACAGUAGUGGUGCUGAUGUUUGAAUAUUCCAACACUGGAUUUGUGUUCCCCUACCAUGUGAUCUACACGGCCAACUUCUAUCACUACCGAAAGGAAUUUGAGACCUUUGUCGCCAUUGUUGAGUUCUUAUUUGUUUUAUAUCUAUUUAUGUUUACAUAUACUGAAUUUAAAAAAUGUCUUAGAAUGAAAUGGCAAGACUACUUCAGUGAGACCUGGACCUUUUAUGAACUAACCAUUUUGUGUUUAGCGUACACCACUAUUGCACUGUUUAUUAAUCGUAUUCUUGUCUGUAAUCGUUUGAUGGAAGUUUUUUCAGACUCUGUUUUCGAGAAGUUUGUUAAUUUUCACACUGCUGCAUUUUAUGAUUCCUUACUGAGAUAUGUUAUGGCAACUUUAAUCCUGUUAGUAAUUCUCAAGUUCUUCAAACUGCUUCGUUUCAAUAUCCGAUUAUCCAUGCUUUCACAAACACUUUAUUCAGCGAGAGGGAAGCUGAUUGCAUAUUGUUUUGGUCUGUUUGGACUUACCAUGGCAUUUGCUAUAUUUGCUGUUCUCGUUUUUGGCACUACACUUGAAGGAUACAGAAAUUUUCCAAGGACAAUUGCAUCCAUGUUCCUUUUUAUGAUGGGCAAGUCUGAUUACUAUGGUCUUUAUGAAGGCAACCCUGUUCUUGGUCCAUUGUUUUUCUUCUUCUUUUCACUGACAUUUCAGAUUCUGAUGAUGCAGUAUUUUAUUACUCUUCUUAUGGAUGCAUUUCAUACUACCAGGAUGAACAUGGCCACAGUGAAAACUGAGGUUCACAUGGUUCAGUACAUUCUUAGGAAGUUCUGUUUGAUAGCAAUGGUUGAUGCACAAAAAAGACAAGCAAAACGAAGAAUUGUUGAAGGUUUUUGAAAUCAAAUUGUUACUUGUUCCAAAGUGUUUUGUUACUGAAAAAUUUAAAUAAAUUGUACCAAUUUGUUUUGGGCGUUUUUGUAGUCUCCAUGUAACUAAAUAUUAAAGAUAAUUUUAUCCACUGAACCAUGCACAGUAAUCAGAGUUCAAAAUUGUUGAAGGUUUUUAAAAUUAAUUUGUUAAUUGUUCCAAGGUGUUUUGAUAUUGACAACUGAAAAUAAAGUAUACUGAUUAGU